AUGAGGGCCAAAGCUGUGCGUGACCUUUUCGGCUCAUUCUUGAUCGCAGCAAUACUGAUCCCACAAGGUGCAUUUUCCAUAGCAUCAUUUCUUGUAUAUUCAUCAAUGCAUCACAGCGGCUCUUCUGUAGCCACGCUCACACUGGGCUGUGGACUGUUCCAGAUGAUUCACUUUGCGUUUCCUCUUGAUUUCGUGCUUUCGUUCGUUCCCACCAAUCUUCUGCUGGGAUUCAAUCUCGGUGUCACGAUACGGAUUUUUCUUCACCUCUGGCCGACUAUUUUGAACUUACGAACAGAGCAAUGCAACAACAUUUUGAAUGGUUUUUGCGUUGACUCGAUAUCGGCUUGUGUGUUUUCCAUGGACUACGGGCCUCUGCUGAUAUUCACAGUCUCCCUGGUGAUUCUAAUCGUCUUCAAAUGCAAACUGAAUACCAAACUUUCGGAGUCAAUAGGAACGACCAUUCCUCAUGAGAUGAUCAUUCUAUUAAUCGCCACCCUAGCUUCCUACUUCAUUGGGCUCUCCGAUUCCGCUUUGCUGCCGGUCAAGGCCGAAUCGAUAAUCCCUUCCGUGGUGCAGCCUUCUGUUCCGAACGCUUUCGUUAUCGUCGAUGCUUUUGCUAUCUUUUUGUUCAUCGUAGUCUUUCACAUGAAAGCGGUCUGUCGCAGAGAGCAGCAACCUGUCAACAAAAAACAGGAACUGUUCUGCAUGUCCAUCAUCUCAUUGCUAUCUGGGCCAUUCGGGAUUCUGCCGGUAACAAGCUCCAUGAAUGACAAUCAGAUUGAGCUCGAAACUAGGAACUAUUCACUCUUCAAGAAGAGGUCGUGCAAGAAAGCGUAUCCAGCAGAAACAGUCUUUCCCGUGGACAUGACCGGAUUCAAGUUGCGAUAUGGAACUUUUGGGGAAAUUGUCAACUUCGGAGACAUUGGCAAUUUCCAGCCCAAAUGUGACGUAGUCGUGAGAGCUACAGAGAAUUGCUACAUCGAAGAAAACAGGUAUGAAUGCGAAGGAUUAGACGCACCUCUGCGGAUACUUCGUAUUACCUCGCCACUGAUUUUCGCAAACUGUGAAAGUGUCCGCGAGGAAAUUUCAAAACAAGCUGCAGCUGUGAAAGGAUUGUUCGAAACAGGAAUUGAAAGUCGAACACCGUCGAUGAGAAGCCAACCACUCAUGGCCGUCAAUGAGUGCGUCUCAGGACGGGCCAGCCUGAUCAUCAUCACCCAUGACUCCGAUCCGGAUCCUCUGCAGAUGAAUCCAUCAGAAUCGCCGACGUUCAAAUGUAUAGUGCUUGAUUGCUCUGGAGUAGCUUUUGUGGAUCCUGAAGCUGUCAAAAUGCUCUCUCAGGUGUAUACCGAGCUCCGCGAUGACAGUAUCAGAUUGCUAUUUGCUGGAGUAAACGCUAAAAUACGCGAUUUUUUGGAAAUAACAAACUUCUACGCUCUGGUUCCUCGAUCACUGUUCUUUCCGACUCUACAGGAUGCUCUUAGCUCACUUAGGAACACAAAUUUCCCAUUUCACAUGAGUGUGUCUAUGAAUGGUUAUCGUGAUGUGGUCACAUUGUCUACAGCACCAUCACAUCUGGAUAUAUCCUGUAAUUCACCGGAGCCUGUAUAA